UCUAACUGUAAAUAUAUAAAUAAAUGCAUACCAUUUGGUGUUUCAAGAUAUAACUGCAAUGUCAUUUUUAUUUCCACUAUCACAUUUUACUUGACUUAGCCAGUUCAUUUAUGUGGCUCACAGCAGUAUCAAUAACAAACAUUUGCCUUUGUCUGAGCUUUUUACUGACGUGCCUAAAUAUCUGAAGGCCACAACACAUCCUGGAUCAAAGUAAGCGAUUAUUAACUCUGAAUCGGCUCAGGAACAUUUUGGGCAAAUGUUUUGGGUUUUUUUUUUAAUAUCUGAGUUUGUCUCCACAGAGGUUUGUCCAUACUGUGGAAAAGCCUUCAAGAGGUUGAAGAGCCAUCUCCCCCACUGUAAAGCUCAGUCAAGACCUGAAACAUUGCCCAACAUCCCUAAGUCAAAGGCGCUUUCGGCAGACGCCUCAAAGCCAAUCACGAAUGCCAAAAAUUCUGAGCAACUGACUCAGAUCACCAGUCGACAGGUUAGUUACUAUGAUGAUGCCUUGUCAACACAAGAGCAACCUUUGAUAAACACAGCACCUUCAACAAAGAGCAAGAGCUGGAAAAAGGACAGAAAAACUGAUAAACACGGUCAUGGAAUCUUGUCUGGUUCAACUCUAGAAACCCUGGUUUCUGGAAGUGCUGGCCACAAAGCUGGGGGUCCUGACCUCACACUUACCAAAUCCAAGACUAAGAAAAAAAGUCUGCGUUCUAUAAUAGAAGCAGCAAAGUCAAGGCAGGUCACUCAGGCAUCAACUUCAGUGGUCCCAAUCUUGGGUUCUACAUUGCAAGCCGGUCCAGUUGGCCGACAAUUGCCACAUUCUAGAACCAGAAUUCACUCAGAUCAAGCGUUGUUUGUGGAAGAUGUUCAGCAAGAGCUUCUGGACGCUGACGUCAAAUCUGCCAGAUCUUCCAAGAACAAGAGUCUUUCAAAGACCAGCCAGGUUUCCAAGGAAUCUGAGGAUUUAAGUCAAGAAGCGAGAAACUUGAUUGAAGAUCAUGAUCAUCCUGUCAAGUCGGGCAGCAAAACUAAAGGAUCCGCUAAGAAGUCCAAAAAACAAGAAGCCCACAUGCAACAAGAUUCGGUCUCAGUUUCAACCCACGAUGCCCGGCAGCUCUCUGACGCCAAAUCAAAGUCCAGAACUAAAGUGAAUUAUGACUCCACAAAAGUGAAACCACAGCAUGAGCCAAGUCCUUUGGUCUCUACGAGCAGCUUGGACGCGUUAAGCAGAGCAGGAGCUAGCAACUUGCUGGAAACAACUCACAAUCCUGGGAACUUGAAUAUCAAAUCCAAAGGAAGAAAGGACACAUCUGCUUGGAUAGAAACUUCAAAGGUCAAUGGCGUUGUACAACUGCCCAAAGAUUCAAUCUCCGCAUCGGCUCUUGAGUCAGGGGCCAAAGAACUCCACCAUCCACUGCUUCUCAACUCUGAUGCCAAACCCAAAGGAACCAGGAAAAGCAGCCUCUCAUAUUUGACUGAAGCUUCAAAGCCCAACCACAUUUCUGGAACUGAGGAUGUAGAUGCAAGUUCAUUUCUUGAGACAGAUCCACCGAUCCUGUUGAGAACGUCACAUUUGAAACCUGCAUCUGAUCCACCUCAAACGUUUGAGAUGAACAGAUCUCCUGCUGAACAUCAGAGAGUCGAGUGGGGAACAUCAAGUGAGGCGUCAACAGAUACUGGUCCUCCAUCCAGGAUUACCAUACAGAAUCUUAAAUCCACACUGGACCGAAGGAAACCCAGCAGGUCCAUUCUCCAAGACAUUACUGACCAACAACCAAGUUUGCACCAGGAGAUUCCCGGCUGUCUCACCACUCAAACUCUAAACACUAAAUGUGGACGCCACCACCCCACGACAGGGAUCCCUGUACCCCCGCCAGCGCAGUGUCCAAGUCCUCCUCAUCUACCUGAUGCUGCGCUGCCUCUGGUGAGAAGACUUCCAGCGAGGAAUCUGGAUCCAUUUGUUAAAUUUGGGAACCACAGCACUGCUAUCGAAGCAACAGAAGGUCCAUACUUGGCAGGUGGCUCAGGCCCGACUGUAAAUAUAAUCCUCGCUGUCUUGUUUCGGUUGGUCUCAGGUCUUCUGGAGCAGCCUCUGGCGCAGGUCCGGCUGAGGGAGUUACCAAAUUGGCUCGUCUACAACACUCCCGUCCAUCCCAGAGCUGUGGUGGGAGUGAUGCAAAGAGGCUGGUGCUGGUACUACAGGAAGUACAUCAACGUUAGGAAGGGUGGCGUUGGUGGCGUCAGCAUGUUGCUGGCCGGGUACUGCAUCCUCAGCUACAUCUGGAGUUACCCUCAUCUCAAGCGUGAACGCUGGCGGAAAUACCACUGAUGUUAUUGGAAGCAUCGAUCCAAGGGAAACUGCAGGACUUCUCAUGCCAUUUUGUUGCUUUGGUUCACCCACCUGCUGCAGUCGACUGUCAUCGGGUGCUGAGGUUAAGAAGUGUUGCCAUUACUGCCAUUUACUGCCAGAGGGAACUAAGAAACAUACAACUACUUGGUCUAAUAGGGCAUUCGAUUUUAUCACUGGACUAAUAAGGGCUUUAUUCCAGUUUACAUAUUUAUGUUUAUUCUCUGUAUUUGUUUUGUUGUGUUUGUUUGAAACCCUCCAUUUAAAUAUAUAUCUUAGUAAAUAAAGUAAUAUAUUGAAUUGAUGCUAUGAUAAAUAGAAACGCUGCCUCUCAAGACCUUUUUGAAUGUAUAUUCAACUACAAUCCAACCAUCACUUCUAGUCAGCUUUUUUUUUUUUACUUUGGCUAUGUGCUUAUAAUAUGUGCAGUAUAAUGCAGUUUUUGCUUGUCAGUGAUUUUUAUGCAAACAUAUUAAAACUGUAUUGUAAUAAA